ACAUCGUUAAGGCACCGCCAGCCCGACAUCCAACGCCCCCGAGACACCCAUAAACAUCUUUCCUUGUAUGUACUGAAUACAGGCUGCACCUUGCUUGACGCAGGGUGGUCGUGAUCUAUCUGUUUCCGCCAUGAUUUGCCGACUGACCAUGAUCUCCUCCAGCAGCUGUUGCGGAGUACGAUGAAGAAUCCCAUGCGCAACGACUCCGAUAUUGUGGAAUACAAGUCUACCAAGCGCAAGAAGUCCACCGAUACCGCCGCCGUUUACUCCACUCGGCAUAUACCUUGGGAAGAACAGUUGCAGCUGCCAGAGAGGUUUCACGAGUCUGGCGAAGGGACUUGGCCGGCCUUGGCUAUUCUGCAAGAAAAGAUUGGCAAGAACAAGAGAAAGCAGUUUCUGGUCGAGUGGGAGCCACAUCCAGUAACGGGCGAGAAGUUUGAACCUACCUGGCAAAGCCAAGUGGGAAACGAUCUGCUCAAGCAUUGGAACCGAAAGCAAGGCCUACAGAUCGGAGAUUCAGAAGAAGCCAGCAAGAACGGCUCCGAUGGACAUUCCGUGAAACCAGAGAUAAGACGGGCAAAAGCGAUUCGCCGAAUACCAGACUCUUCCAGUGAAACUGGCUCUCAACAGAAGUCGAUCAGAAGUACCCGGAGACCAUCUACCCCAGGCCGCCGAAACCACUCUUCCACAGAAACCAGCUCAAGACGAUCCCAGGAUCAACCUGGACCAUCGGCCUCGUCGCCUGUUGAGAUAGCUGAGACGCAGGAAGAAGUAUCGCAGCCCGUAUUGCCGGUGUCAAUCUCGGUGGAAAUACCUCCCACCUCCAUUGACAAAGCUGAAUACCAGUCUUUGCACUCUAGCCAGAUCAAUUCUGACGGCGGCUUCAAGGGGCUUUAUUCACCUUAUCCAGAUCGAAGUCUAACCAGGUCGUCCCCCAAACUUGAUCUCAGUCAAGCCUCUCGAGAUCGAGACUACGCAGCUCCUCCAAGCUCUUCUUCUGGCCGACAAGGUCUCCGUGACCGCCACAUCAUUCUGUCGACGAGCGUGGAGACACCAGGCUCUACUGACAGACAACAACAUUCGAUUACCAACGACAGGAGCGGCACUUCAGCACGGCGUCUCGUACACACACAAUCAGGUGCACGCGCCGAAGAAGAACAAGAGCCUCAGCAACCCCUUACCCGACACAUUCCAAGCUCGGCGACAUCCUCUCGUUCGAGUGCGUUUGUCACGCCACAAUACGUCCCCAGCACACAUCAAGAAACUCUUCUAACCCGCGAUCCUAGUAAAGAACUAGGCUCUUAUCCACUACGCAUAAGUUCUUUGCUCACGAACGAAAAGGCAGAUACCAAUUCGCCCACUCCGAAUACACAGCGACAAAAUCGCAACGGCACUGGGUCUUCCCCGUGGGCCUUCCAAACUCAAGCCCCUCCUGAAUCCGGUCCGGUUGACUUCACAUUGGUGCCCGACACAGGCACUCCAAAGUGGGGGAAGCGAUUGCUCGAAGCGUUCUCCUCGCCAGAACGUUCAAAGAAAUCCCGCUCGCGACAGAUGGCGUCCUCGCCUGGACCACCAAUGGAAUCUAUUCAUUCUUUCACUGCUCCACAGCCAGAUGAGGGAAUGACAUCUGGACACAAGGAGGCUCCAUUUGGUCAAUUCUCGUCCUCAAAUGACAUAGGCACCUCUGCUAUCACGACUGUCACAACUCCUAGGACGGCGAACCAUGAUGAGAAUGCCAGUGAUGCAGCAAGUGUUCCGAGCCAUCCUCGUCACGUGCCCGUUUUUGAUGCGGCUAUGGCCGGAAGUGCUCUACCGAUCCAAAAUUCUAUUGAAGAGGAUAAUCCAACUUCCAGCGGCGAGCAGUCCUCGGCCGAAUCCAAACCGAAUUCCAGUCAACAAUCUGUCGAGAAUGAGCGCGAUAUUCCCCAGGUUGGCGGACUGGUCUUGCCAAGCUAUCCGAUCCUUGGUCCUGCUGAGUAUGCACUUGCACUGCCGGCGGAGGGGAAGAUACAGUCGACUUAUUCGGACAUCAUCAAGGCAAAGCGCAAGGCUAUUCUCAAUUUCGUCAACCGUCAUGAGUCUGUCGGUUCAUCUAAUGGUUCUCCCAACCGGACACAUGAGAGAAACGAAAUGAACGAGAUGAUCCAAUUGCUGAACGAUACCGUUACUCAUAUGGACCUGGGCCUCCCUGGCUUUUCAACCCAGUACUCAAUCCAAUCCGAGGAACAUGCCGCAUACGCAAAUUAUGCAAGCUCAAAAUUCUCUCUACUUGGCCAUCUGGUCGACAUACUGAAGCCUGUUGAGUGCUCCAUUGUGAUCAUGUCUCGAGCCGGCACGAUACAGGACUUGAUUGAACACUACUUGACCAUGAAGCAUAUCGAUGUGAGGCGUAUGGACCAUGUCGCAGCGUCCAGAUCGCCAAUUCCGGAUCGGCAACCCCGGGACUUCCAGGUUGAUCUUGUCAGCACCUUUUCCACCCAUCAGGUGGUAUUUCCUCGACGACCCAUCCUCAUGAUUGCAUUCGACGCUUCAUACGACUCGCAAGACCCUCAGGUCAUGCGCAUUCGUCAAUAUUUCUCGCCGAAACCUCCUUCGCUGUUACCAGUGAUUCAUUUGCUCGUGUCCAACUCAUCGGAGCAUGUCGAUCGAUGUUUGCCAAAAGAUAUGCCGUCUCCAUCUAGACUGAAGGUUUUGGUGCGAGCCACAUAUCAGGCUCGACCUAAUCUGGGCGGAAAACCAACCUAUGUCCCAGACGAUUCAGAUGAGCCAGAAGGUCGGCCCAUGGACUUUUCGGAUCUGCAGCGAGCUUUGCGAAAAAGUCCCGAACGCAAACUUGCUAGACUCGCUGCAGUGAUUGCAAGAGCAUCUGUGUCGCAAGAUUUUGACACCUACUGGAGUUUGGGCAUGAUGCCGGAACUGCAACUGACCGAGAUGGAUAACCUCCCGUCAAGACUUAGUGGUGUAUCGCCUGUGGCUCAAGUGAAGAAGGAGCCUGUUGCUCGUUCGAGGACUCCCAACUCGCGUGCCGGGACGCCGUCCGGAAAGAAACGCUUGUUGGAAAUUGACAAUGUCCUCCCCGCACUCAACAAGCGUCAGCGCCUAACGCCACUGCGGGAUUCUGUUGAGGCCAGCAAUAUCAAUCAUGACACAAGCAGCCAAAUCGAAACACUGCAAGGAAUGGUCAGUAAAUUGCAGAGUGAGUUGCAUACGGAACGAGAAGCACGGCAGAAAGCGGAAGAAGACCGGAGCCAACUUCAAGAGCAGCUCGACAAAUGGAGAAAAGAUCAUGCCGAUUUGCAACGACGAUACGAAAAGCGAAUGACGAAAUGCCAUGUACUGGAGGGGUCAAACAAGAAACUCCUGAAGACCAUUGAGAACAACAAGACAAGACAGGACCGAGCCGCAGACGAUCAUGGCACGAUGAAGAGAAGAGUGACUGAGUUGCAGGCAGAAUUGACGACUGUCCGUGAAGAGGUAAAGGCCGGUGGUGGAGAUGCAGCAGCCUUGGAAACUGCGAGAGAGGAGGCACGCGGACUGCGGGCCAAGAACAACUACCUGGACAAGUCUCUUGAAAAUACUCGCAAGGAUUUCGAGUUCACCAGAUCUCAAUAUCAGGAUGCGUCAAACAAGGCUGCAGAUUUUGCGACGCAAGCAAGAGAGUUGGAAGAGCAGGUUGCAGAGUUGACCAAAUCAGCUGGCGAUGAGAAGCGGCGUCUCAAGGAGAAAAACUACGAGGAAAGUAUGAAGCGACACCUCGCGAAGAUCUCUGAGGUCGAAAUGGAGCUCAAGACUCGCGAUACGCUGCUCCGAAAGCUUGAGGAGGAGAACCGGCAACUGAAGCGAAGUCGAGGUGUCCAAACUCGUGGGUCAAGCGUGCAACCGCCAGGGAGUCCAGGACUUGAUGCUCCAGGCAGGGGAACGAGGAGCCGUCAAGGAAGCCCAGCUGCAGGACUGUUUCCCACCACGCAUCACGGUUCUGCUACGAACAGAGGAAGUCUCUUACGGCAUGAGCGCUAGAAGGACUAAAUCUAAUGAAGGUUAAGAUACUGCAGGUGCUGUCCUUCUGAGAUGAGAGUGAAUGUGGCAAGAGGCGGUUUGCGUCAUCGCCAGCCAUCCUUCGGUACCCUGUAUGUCACGAAUAUGGGCAUAGCGAAACGGAUUCCGUUGGGGGUGUUGCUCCCGAAUGAGCCAUUUCAAUUAGAUUGUUAGUGAAGACAACGAUAUGAAGAAUAUUGUCAAGAACUCGGGAGCACUCUGACCGAGAAGAAAUCG